AUUUAACUCGAAUUAAAAUAAUAAUAAUGAAAAACGAAACCUCUUCUUCAUUCCUCUUGCCUCUUCUUCCACUGUUUGCCCUCUCUCUCUCCCUCUGGACUUCACGGCGACCAGCCAUCAUCGACUGAAGCAGGAUAAGAGGGUACGCAAAUGGAUCAGACUGAAGUAGUUGGCGAGAAGCUGCCCGAUGGCUUAUUGGAGAGUGUACCUGAAAGUAGACCGGAGACUCGAGAUGAAAUGCUUUCUAGGCACAGGAAAGAGGUGUCACAGCUACAAAACAAGGAAACUGAACUGAAAAAGGGGGCUGCAAAGGGCAGCAAAGCUGAACAGAAAGCUAAGAAGAAGCAAGUGGAGGAAGAAAUCUCUAGGCUUUCCAAUAAACUCAAGGAAAGACAGGCUGAAGAACUUGCUUCAUUAGGCUACAACGGGACCAAUGGAGAUGUUAAAGGGAAUCUCGACAAUUUGGUGAAGGCCAUAGCUGGGGUUUCUGUUGCCAGCCAAUCUGAACAUUCAAAACCAAGCAAGGGCGUGAAGAGACGCGAGAAAAGAGCUCAGCAAGAAGCAGCAAGGGAGCAGAGGAUUCAAGAAGAGCAGCAGAAUAUCGUGAGCGACCGGCUGCUAGAAAACGAGAAAUUAGAAAAGAAGCUUGAACCCCUUGGAUUGACUGUUAAUGAGAUAAAGCCAGAUGGGCACUGCCUUUACAGGGCUGUGGAAAAUCAAUUAGCCUUGCUCUCUGGAGGUUCUUCUCCUUACACGUAUCAAGAGCUUAGAGAAAUGAUCGCUGCCUACAUGAGGAAACACGCUUCGGAGUUUCUCCCAUUUUUCUCAUCUGAAAAUACAGUCGAGGGAGAUAGUGAGAAGUCAGUAGCGGAGAAAUUCGAGAAUUACUGCAAAGAAGUGGAGUCGACAGCCGCAUGGGGAGGACAGCUGGAGCUCGGUGCGCUAAGUCACUGUCUUAAAAAACACAUAAAAAUCUUUUCCGGAUCAUUCCCUGAUGUGGAGAUGGGGAAGGAAUAUCAGUCUGAUGGCGGAACUGGCUUGUCCAAUUUAAGCAUCAUGCUCUCUUACCAUAGGCACGCAUAUGGGCUUGGAGAGCACUAUAACUCUGUCGUCCCAAUUUGACGAGAUAGAGAUGGGAAGUAUCUUCAUCGCGGAAAUAUAGUUGAAAUGUGGCAAUGGUCAACGCGUGUUGUACUUUUUUAAGGCAGCAAUAGGUUUUUGUGUUGCGUUCUGAGUCUCGAAACAGCAGAUGUGAGCAGAGGUUGGAACUUAAUUCUGUGUGUUGUCCAAACUUGUUAUGAAAUGACACUUUUUGGCAGUAUAGUUUCAAAAAACGGAUUAUUUCAUUCCUGAUA